CUUUUCUUUAUUGAGAUACAGUUAUGAUGAGUCACAAGAGGAGUUACAUUUUCGACUGUAGUUUGUAUAAGGCAAUCGAAUGCAUGCUGUUAAAGUGUGGCAUUUACAUGGUGUUUGGUCGCAGUUCAGGUAUGUACAAAACAUUGAUACAGGUAGCCUACACAAUAACCCUCUCUAGCCAUAGAAAUGUGUUGGAUCACUUUUUGUAUAAUCAUACUAUUUGCGUGUUUGUUUAGAUUGUUCCCCUUCGUUUUUACCAUAGACUUCUGUAUUUCAUUUAAUGUAACCAUACCUCUCACAAUUACUACAAUUAACAUAGGCCUAGUACAUUUUUUUUUUCUAUGACAAUAAUAUAUGAUCAAACACUAAUAUUUCUAUAACAUAUUAAUGUAUCUUCUUGCUUUUCAAGAGCUGAAACACUAGAACAUAGCACGUGAUGGGAUGAGUGUGCAGACAGGAAUGUGUGGUGGUGAUUUUCUUGAGUUUAUAGGCUACUCAUGUUUGCAGUCAGGAAAUUCUUAUUGGUCUAGUAGUAUACCAUAUAACUAACAGUCACAAUUUUGAGCUGUAGACUAGUAGAGGAUAUUAUUUGGCCCUACUUUUACAGCCAUUAAAUUGUAGAACUGUAUGGCAUAUUGAUAGUCGCAUAUAAUUGUUACUACUCUGUAAUAAGCAAUUUUCAGGAAGAUGAUGAUGGACAACUGUCCAGAUUUGGCUGGCCAGCACAUAUUGUGUUGAAAAGAUGCUAGCCUACCAGUCUCAAUUUUUCUGGAAAUAGAUGAAUUGUCUUAUGAUGGUUGUCACAUGCACAGUUGUAAGAUGGGAAGUGGUGAGAAAAUCUACUAGUCACACUUGCCUAUGCACAUUUGUUCCAUGUGGUCCACAAACAUAGUCAUGGCCCUUAUCAGACAUCAUCUCCAUGACAUGUUCCUGUGAUUUUUGGCUGCAUCUUUUGUUGGUUGAUACACAGUUCACUCACCUCCGGCACAAUUCUGAUGCCCAUAUUUUGUAUUUUUCUCACCUCUAACAGGCAGCACAGUGCAGGAAUGACCAGAACUGACUAUACUUGAGGUUUAGAAGAUCCUAUUCCACACUGAAGUGAUGAAAAACAUGAUCAGAGGUGUGAAUUUCCCCCAUUUAUUGUGCAAAUCAACUAUGUUCCAUGAUCUUUGAUCAGUACACUGACAUAACAUUAUUUUUGAAUAACAAUUCUGUAAUAUAAUGUUAUCACUUUCCAUUUUCAGACAUUGUCAUUGUGCAGCAUCCCAUUUCUGUGUGUGUACCACUGAACUACACGGUGAAUCUGAGUGUGAGAGCAGAGGGGACAGGUAUCCUGAACUACCAGUGGUUCAAAUCUGAUGAAGAGGAGGUAUGGGGUUGUUGAGGAUUUUUGUCAUUUUUGUCUGACAUAGUAUUAUGUUGUCAAUUCGUAGAGUAACACAGUGUAUAACCAAUGAAAUGGCUAAUGUUUUUUUAGGUAUUUGGUGCGACCAGAGCAGAUCUGACUGUCACAGCCCAGAAGUCUCAGCUCUACAUUUGCCGCGUGAAUGACCAGUUCUGCAACUGUGUGUUCAGUGAAUGGGUCAAAGUAAAGGUCCUGGACAUUGCUAAACCAGGUAUAUGAAUCGUCUACAUUAGUUACUAGUUAUAAGAUAAUGUGUUUGCAAUGCAGAUUUUUAAAACUUAUUUGAUCAAUGCAGAGCACUAUUUUGCGUAUAAUGUAUUGCUAUUGCAUUUUUUAUUUAUUGAGGUCUCCCAGUAGCGUGGCGAGGGGAGCUCCAUAUCGCUGUACACCCUGCACCCCAGACUGUCAGACAGGGGCAGAGACUCACCCUCAGCUGCUCUGCCUUUGGUAUUCCCAUCCCACACUACCAGUGGUACAGAAAUGGUCAUCCUCUGCUGGGCAAAACCACUGACACACUUCAGGUAACUCCAGUGUUUAUUUACUCCUGCACUGAGGUCAUCGUAUUUACUCUGUCUUGACAUUUGAUCUGGCCGAUAGCCAACAGUGCUUCAGCAGUCCAAUGUAAACAUUGUCAUUUAGAAGAACUUGGUUAAUAUUUAACAUAAGGUUUGAUUUCUAGAAUAGUCUUAUGUGCAUGAGUAGAGCCAAACAUGAAUGGGAAUGUGUUUGUAUCCCUUGUAGAUACAGAAUGCAGAGGCAGACCAUAGAGGAGCAUAUCUCUGCUCUGUGUCCAAUGUUGAAGAAGAAAGAUGGACAGAGCCAGCUGAUGUUGAUAUAGGUAAAUAGAAAUGUGAUGGAGCUCGAAGGGCAUCUGGGCAAAUAAUGAGGAAGGAAUAUAGUUGUUUGUAGGAAGUCACCCCACUGUGAAUGAUGUUGUAAAAUUGCGGAGUCUACAUUCUGUGAAUGUGGCUCUAUAAUUAUAAACAGAUGUGCAAUAGUGAAUAUGAAACCCAAAAGUCCCUCACAGUAGCACAUAACAAAACACUAGCAACAGUUAUUUGUUCAGUGGCAUGAGUUUUACUAUUAGUAUUUUCUAUUUUCCAUGACAAAGUCUACCACAUAAUUCACUGUAAAGUUAUUCCGCACUUUUCAAUGAGCUAGUGGAAUAGCUGUCAAUAUUCAGAUUUCUGCACAUGCCUCCCAGUACCUUUGUACAAAACUAUCAAGUGGGUCUUUUCAUUCUGCUGAGGAUUUAAGGUACUUUCCCUUUGUUAAAGACAGAAAUGGUAGGAAGUUGACAGGCUCUAAACAGUGGGCAGGGUUGUAUAGACAACAGCUAAAUUACUUGAAAUGAAACUAGCCUUUGGAUGUAGGUUCCCCUUUUGCAUUUGUAUGUGUUUUCUACAUUUUGACUCAACCAGUUUGAAGAAAAACAGAGGCCUUUAACACACUCAUAUUGCUUUUGAUCUUGUUUGUUGUGAUAACAGAUUGAAGUGUGAUGUGUGAGGUUAUGCACUGAUUUUAACCUUUGUUUUUCUUUAUUUUUUCCAUUUCAUUCAGAGCCAACUAAUCAACUCAAAGUCACAGCUCCAAAACCCACAGGUAUAGUGCCUUGCAAAAGUAUUCAUCCCCCUUGGCAUUUUUCCUAUUUUGUUGCAUUACAACCUGUAAUUUAAAUGGAUUUUUAUUUGGAUUUCAUGUAAUGGACAUAAACAAUUAGUCCAAAUUGGUGAAGUGAAAUGAAAAAAAUAACUUGUUUCACAAAAUUCUAAAAAAUAAAUAACUGAAAAAUGGUGCGUGCAUAUGUAUUCACCCCCUUUGCUAUGAAGCCCCUAAAUAAGAUCUGGUGCAACCAAUUACCUUCAGAAGUCACAUAAUUAGUUAAAUAAAGUCCACCUGUGUGCAAUCUAAGUGUCACAUGAUCUGUCACAUGAUCUCAGUAUAUAUACACCUGUUCUAAAAGACCCCAGAGUCUGCAACACCACUAAGCAAGCGGCACCAUGAAGACCAAGGAGCUCUCCAAACAGGUCAGGGACAAAGUUGUGGAGAAGUACAGAUCAGGGUUGGGUUAUAAAAAAAUAUCUGAAACUUUGAACAUCCCACGGAGCACCAUUAAAUCCAUUAUAAAAAAAUUUAAAGAAUAUGGCACCACAACAAACCUGCCAAGAGAGGGCCGCCCACCAAAACUCACGGACCAGGCAAGGAGGGCAUUAAUCAGAGAGGCAACAAAGAGACCAAAGAUAUCCCUGAAGGAGCUGCAAAGCUGUCCAUACAAUCUGUCCAUACAACCACUUUAAGCCGUACACUCCACAGAGCUGGGCUUUACGGAAGAGUGGCCAGAAAAAAGCCAUUGCUUAAUAAAAAAAAAGAAGCAAACACGUUUGGUGUUCGCCAAAAGGCAUGUGGGAGACUCCCCAAACAUAUGGAAGAAGGUACUCUGGUCAGAUGAGACAAAAAUUGAGCUUUUUGGCCAUCAAGGAAAACGCUAUGUCUGGCGCAAACCCAACACCUCGAGAACACCAUCCCCACAGUGAAGCAUGGUGGUGGCAGCAUCAUGCUGUGGGGAUGUUUUUCUUUCUUUCUUUUUUUUGUUGUUGUUGGUAUUUUACCGCCUUUUUUCAUGGUAUCCAAUUGGUAGUUACAGUCUUGUCCCAUCGCUGCAACUCCCGUACGGACACGGGAGAGGCGAAGGUCAAGAGUCGUGCAUCCUCCGAAACCCAACCGAGCCGCACUGCUUCUUGACACAGUGCCCGCUUAACCCGGAAACAUCGUACACCUGGCGACCGAGUCAGCAUGCACUGCGCCCGGCCUGCCACAGGAGUCGCUUGUGCGCGAUGGGACAAGAACAUCCCUGCCGGCCAAACCCUCCCCUACCCUGGGCCAAUUGUGCACCGCCCCAUGGGUCUCCCGGUCGCGACAAAGCCUGGACUCGAACCAGGAUCUCUAGUGGCACAGCUAGAACUGCGAUGCAGUGCCUUAGACCACUGCGCCACUCGGGAGGCCCGUGGGGAUGUUUUUCAUCGGCAGGGACUGGGAAACUGGUCAGAAUUGAAGGAAUGAUGGAUGGCGCUAAAUACAGGGAAAUUCUUGAGGGAAACCUGUUUCAGUCUUCCAGAGAUUUGAGACUGGGACGGAGGUUCACCUUCCAGCAGGACAAUGACCCUAAGCAUACUGCUAAAGCAACACUCGAGUGGUUUAAGGGGAAACAUUUAAAUGUCUUGGAAUGGCCUAGUCAAAGCCCAGACCUCAAUCCAAUUGAGAAUAUGUGGUAUGACUUAAAGAUUGCUGUACACCAGCGGAACCCAUCCAACUUGAAGAGCUGGAGCAGUUUUGCCUUGAAGAAUGGCAAAAAUCCCAGUGGCUAGAUGUGCCUAGCUUAUAGAGACAUACCCCAAGAGACUUGCAGCUGUAAUUGCUGCAAAAGGUGGCUCUGCAAAGUAUUGACUUGGGGGGGUGAAUAGUUAUGCACGUUUACGUUUUUUUGUCUUAUUUCUUGUUUGUUUCACAACCCCCCCAAAAUCAUUUUAAUUCCAGGUUGUAAGGCCUCAAAAUAGGAAAAAUGCCAAGGGGGGUGAAUACUUUUGCAAGCCACUGUAUGGCUCAGUGUAAAUAAAGUAUCUGCUUGAGUUAUUUUUAGAAUGCAGUUUGAGCAUUUCCUCAUUGAAGAGGGGAACUGUUGUACCAGUAUUUUCUGAUAUAUGCAGGUUCAUGUUUCUAUGGUAUAAUUAGCUGUUCUUGUUGUAUAGUAAAUUAACCCUGAUUACAAAUUCCACUAUGGUCUUUCCGUCCAGCGACUGACAAAGUGGCCCUGCUUAUUGGUAACCUCAACUACUCCCACCACCCUGACCUGAUGGCCCCCACUAUGGAUGUCCAUGAGCUGGCUAACCUGCUGCAGCAGCUGGACUUCAGAGUGGUGUCUCUACUGGACCUCACCAGGGAGGAGAUGCUGGCAGCCAUUGACAAGUUCAUUCUUCUGCUUGACAGGGGCGUGUAUGGUGAGUUCAAUACUGUACAGUAUUCUGGUGGUUACAUUACAAGGGAGAAUGUAUUUUGAAUUGAGGGUUUUCAGAGACUCUAAAAAGCUAACGAUGACAUUGACACUAUUCCCCGCCUCAGAUGAAUAGGUGCAAAUGUAUAAAAAAAAGUAUCUGUUAAGUGGAAACCAGACUUCGUAGUCUGGUUAAGUUCCCUUUGAACUUAUUCUGCCCUUUUCCAUUGAAAACGCUGGUGUUACGUUUCAUAAUCCUAUGCUGCUGUUUUGAGAUCUUAUUAGUAGCUUGGUGUGAGAGUGUGGUUUAGCAGGCAGAUAAUAGGUGGAAAGGAGAAGCAUGGGUCUGUAGUGUUUGGGGCGAAAAGACUUGCUAUGUAUAGCCGUUUUCUAAAGGCCUGCGACAGUUCUACUUGACAGAUUUAUUUAGCACCUGUAAAGGGCCUUUAGCAACCCAGCAAACUGUCAGCUUAUCUCCCUUUUAUAUGUUAGUCAAAUAAAUAAACGUUCACAAUGUUAUUACAGGCACUGAGCCAUACAUAUGACAUUUUAUUUGGCAUGUAACCAUUUUUAAGAAUGUAUAACUUUCUGCCUCAUCUAAUAGUCCGUACUUUUGUGUUGUUGGCUGUUAUAGAAAACGAGGUCAGCUUAAUGUGAAACUAAAAAGCAAUCUAAAAAGUAGCAACCUGGCUUUCUAGGAGCUUUUAGGACCAGCACAGCUGGAUUCCGCUGGACAUAUUACCUAGAAAGCAAGCAACAUAAUGGUUUGUUGAUAAAUGACAGGGUCAGUGUUGUGUGAUAUUCUACACAGUAUAUGUUUGCUCAAAUGAAACCGGCUAAAACAUGGAGCCUUGUUUGACAGAUGCAUAAAUAGUAUGAAACAUGUAGCUACUGCGGCUCGGCUUCGUCCUACUUUCACUGCCCUGAAAAGUAUACACUGAGUGUACAAAACAUUAAGAACACCUUCCUAAUAUUGGGUUGCACCUCCUUUUGCCCUCAGAACAGCCUCAAUUCGUCAGGGCAUGGACUCUACAAGGUGAUCUGUCACGCCCUGGUUCUGGGGACUAUUAAAUGUUGAGCCAGGGUGUGGAUUUUCUAUGUUAUAGUUUUCUAUGUUUUGUUCUAGAUCGUUUAGAUCUAUGUUGGCCAGGGUGGUUCCCAAUCAGAGACAGCUGUAGCUCGUUGUCUCUGAUUGGGGACCAUACUUAGGCAGCCUGUUGGCACCAGUUUAUUUGUGGGAUCUUGUUCCGUUUGGUUUGUUGUGAAUAACCUAGGACUUCACAUAUCGUUUGUUUGUUGUUUUUGAUUGUGUGUUGAGUACAAUUAAAGUAUGUACGCUUAUCACGCUGCGCCUUGGUCCGUGUCUUCCUGUAACGGUCGUGACAUGAUCAAAAGCAUUCCACAGGGAUGCUGGCCCCUGUUGACUCCAAUGCUUCCCACAGUUGUGUCAAGUUGGCUGGAUGUCCUUUGGGUGGUGGACCAUUCUUGAUACACACGGGAAACUGUUGAGCAUGAAAAACCGAGUAGUGUUGCAGUUCUUGACAGACUAACCGGUGCACCUUGCACCCACGACCAUACCCCACUCAAAGGCACUUACAUAUUUUGUCUUGCCCAUUCACAAUCCAUGUCUCAAAGCUUAAUCUAUGCUGAUUGAAGUGGAUUUAACAAGUGAUAUCGAUAAGGCAUUCACCUGGUCAGUCUAUGUCAUGGAAAGAGCAGGUGUUCAUAAUGUUUCGUACACUCAGUGUAUCAGUAACGUUAUGCUAUCCCCCACAGCCCUAUUCUACUAUGCUGGUCAUGGGUACGAACGUUCAGGGAGGAACUAUCUGGUGGCCAUAGACGCUCCACAGCCCUACCGUCCAGAGAACUGUGUCUGUGUACAGAGGGUCAUGCGCAUGAUGCAGGAGAAACGGACUGCAUUGAGUGUGGUCUUACUAGACACCUGCAGAACAUGGUAGGCUUCCUGAUGGACACCUCAUGUUAUUGUUUGUUGCUCUACUUCUUGUCCUCACUUUUGUACGAACAGUAUUAUGAUUGUGGAAGGACUAAAACAGGUGUUAAGUUGUAUAUUUGUAUUUUAAGGUACAACCAAGAUUGCAUAGCUUCUGAAAUCAGGCCCUUGGUACCCAUGGGAAACACAGUGUAUGGAUAUGCCACGUAUGUACCACCCAUACACAAAAAUGUAUGCACGCAUGACUGUAAGUCGCUUUGGAUAAAAGCGUCUGCUAAAUGGCAUAUUAUUAUUUAUUAUUAUGUAUUUUUUGUGUAUGUAACAACAAGUUAUUUUAUGAGUGUUCAUUUAUGGCCUGAAAUCUAAAUGACCUCCUGCUGCCUUAACAGAUGUGAAGAUUCAGAGGCGUAUGAGGUGCAGGAUGGAGGGAAGAGCACUGGGAUCUUCACCAAGUACCUGAACAAGCACAUCCUGCAGCCGGAGAAGGUCACUCACGUCCUGGAGCAGGUGUCUGAGGGUCAGUGUUAUUGUAUGAUAGGCUUUGCUCUUACAGUAUGACGGUGACUUUGGAAUUUCAGGAUGGAUAUUUUGACAUGCUGUUAACACCAAUCCAUGACUCACAUGGGAAACCCCUGGGUUUCUUUUCACGGAAAAUUACAAGCUAUUACCCAAGAAAGACUAAAUUCCCUGCUAAUGAGAGCAGAAGAACCUUGCCUUCCUGGGUGACUUUGGGUUCUAUAUCUCCUCUAUAGGAGAUGCACAGUAGUGUCUGUAAACAGGGUCAGUGUAGAACUUGUUGUUGGAUGGAGCACAGACAUGUUCACUUCUUAAAGGUCCAAUGCAGCUGUUUUUAUCUCAAUAUCAAAUCAUUUCUGGGUAACUAUUAAGUACCUUACUGUCAUUGUUUUCAACAACAACAAAAAAUAAAACAAUAAUCCUUAGCAAAGUUCAAUUUCUCAAGCAAGAAUUUUGGUAGGACUGUCUGGGAGUGGUCUGAGUGGGGAGGGGAAAACAGAAAACUAGCUGUUAUUGGCAGAAAGGCUUGGAACUCUCUUUCUUAUUGAUCUAUUAACUAAUUUACCAGCUGGUGACGUCACCAGGCAGGCCAAAACUCCAUCUCACCAAAACAGGAUGAAAUUUCAGGUGGUAUUUUCAAACAGCUCUUACACUAAAAGGGCAUUAUCAUCAUUUUCACAAUUUCACAGUAUUAUUCCAACGUCAUAGUGUGGAAAUAUAUAUAAACACAGGAAAAUCACAUUUUUGACUGCACCAGGCCUUUAACGUUCCUCCAUCACUGGCUACUCCCCCUGGUGCAGCAGGUAACAAUGGGCGGAGCUUGGAGGGGUGCGCAUGCUGUCCCCGCUAGGUCCAUGUUUUGUGGUUUGAUUGGUCUCUCUGGUAACAUGACUUUGUGGGACAGAGCUGCAUUAGGAUGUGACCUCAUUCUCUGGAAAUUCACACUGUUGGUCGGAGCACAGCAGGAAAUCUGAGAGCAGUAGAGUUAAAAACAGCUGCUCAGGCGUGUGUGUGUGUGUACCCCCUCUACACUGCUCUCCUGUGGUCAAUGAGCUCCAGCUCCAGUGAACCUGCAUAGCUUAACACAGCCCAUCCAAGGAGGUGCUGGUAAAGUAAAGUAUAGGUUGACUGAUGAGUUGUCAGUGGCUGUAACGGUCGGACCUUGGCACAGAAGCUCACGGCUUACAUAGGAGAUAUAUUUAAUGAAUGUCAAGACUCCUCAGAUGUGCCACCGUUACUCACUGUGACAUUGUGAAAACAACCAUGACACAAUACGUUUUAUUUCAGGGUGACAGCUGAACUACAUUUCUGAAAGUCAUAAAUAUCAUACCCCCCCCAAAAAUGCUAAUCUCAUCCUGUUAUUGGUAAUGGUGAGUUAGCAUGUUUUGGGGGCAUGAUCUUUGUGCAUCUGUAACUUUCUCACUCAUAAUAAUAAUAAUAAGCCAUUUAGCAGACACUUUUAUCCAAAGCGACUUACGGUCAUGCGUGCAUACAUUUUUUUUGUGUAUGGGUGGUCCCGGGGAUCGAACCCACUACCUUGGCGUUACAAGCGCCGUGCUCUACCAGCUGAGCUACAGAGGACCACUAAACUCAUCAUUAUUCAAGAUUCAUUCAUGAUUAUCCAUAAUCAUUGUAGCAUCCACAUUAAUGUAGAAGUGUUAAGAAACAUAUUAUAUUUUUAUUUACAAUAAAAGUGACUCCAAAAUGACACAAUACAUUAUUUACCAUUAAUUUCCAUUGGGCACAACAUAAUCCAAAACACAACCAAAACAAACUGUAAAUGCAUCCAACAAGUUUGUAGAGACACAAGCUUGAUGUAGUCAUUGCGUGCUAGGAAUAUGGAACCAAAUACUGCGCUUUUGACUAAAUUUUAAACUCUAAGUGAGUUUGUCCAGAUACUUAUGACGCCUUCAAAUGGAGGGACUAUGUACAUAAAGUGCAUUUAUUUCUAAACAUUUAAACAGAUAUGUAUGAAAAUACCCUCAAAUAAAAGGUGACAUUCUGCACUGCAAGGAUCAUCAACUAGAUUCAGCCGUGGGCCGAUUUUCUCUCGAGCACAUGAUCGGGGGGCCGGAACAUAAUUACAAAUAAUUUGUAGACUGAAAAUUGACCGCAAGAAUCCCAAACAGAUAUAAUGUUUGACUAAAACAUAAUCAUUUCAAAUCUUGCUUACAUUUGUAUACGAUCACAUGAUUUCUUAAAUAGAUUUCUUAAAUAAAAAUCGCUCGGAGCUGAGUUCCUGGAGUUUAUCCAGUCUUUUAUGUCCAACAUUGAAAAUAAAGAAAUUUGAAAAAAUAUAUAGUUUUUUUGUGUUGCUUAGAACUCAUGGGGGGCCAAAUAAAACCACCCGCAGGCCGCCAGUUGGGGUACCCUACUGUACUGUCAACUCAUAUAAAACAUUUGAUCUCAAAUUCAAAAUGCUGGAGUAUAGAGCCAAAUUAGCUUCAAUGUCCAAAUAAAUACGUAGGGGAGUGUAUAUGCAAAUGAGGCAUAUAUAAUUGUCUUUAUUUUAUAACAAAGUAUGAACAAAAUACCUGAUAUAUAAAAAAAUAUAUAUAUAUAUAUACGAGUGUACAGUAUUAUAAGAAAAUAAUGAGCAUUUUACAAUAAAUGGAAUACCUGAAUUCCCACCAAAAUGCCAGAAUUUGUCCAUACCAGUACAAUGUUUUAUGUGCUAUAAUUCAGUCAAUAUAUGAUGGAUUUGAAAAUGUCUAAAGGUUUGGAGUAUUUUCAUCCAUUGUCCAACUAUUGCAUUUAUCAGAAUUGUAUUUUAAACCUUAUAACAAUUUUGACGACAGUUGCUAAUUCAUAUCUAGGAAAUAAUAUUCACUGAAGUGACAGAUCACAUCACGAUCACAUCAUGAGACGAUUUUAUGAACAGUAAACACACUGUUCCCAGAACCUCAUUUGAAGAAUGAGGAUCUAUGUCCUGCUUGUCUUAGUUAUUUAUUAAUGGAAAAAUAGUUGUUGAUGAACUGCUGUUCCCUCAACUCUAAUGGAAACAUGGCGAAGACAGCUUGCUUAAAAUAUGUACUGAAGCCAAAUCCUCUGCAAGGCUAAGAGUAAGCCUGUAUCCAGGGCCCUGAAUAGGGUUUCAGUGUAUCAGUUUUCUCAUCUGGCCAACAAUGCCUUAUACAUGCUUGUCACCUAAACAUUUCUAUAAGUUCACUCUUAUUAUCCACAUGUUUAUAAUUUCAGAGCCUUUACAUCAGUCAAAUAGUAUUAUUAUUUUCAUUUCAGACCUACUAUUGAACCCUCCUUAAGAACAGCUGUUACCUUGGCAGCAUAGGCUAACCUUUAACCUUUACCCUGUUCCUCAGAUCUAGGCAGAGACCCUCUGGUCACAGGCAAGCAGGCGGUGGAGAUCAAACACACGCUGAAGGAGCCUCGCUCCCUCACAGAUCCGGUCAGGACCACCGGCCACACUGGGGAGCUACGUCUGAGAGAUGCCUGCUGGAGACAGGCCAACGGUAAGUUUUUACACCAAAAUAUCCCCAAUCCAGACCCUUUUUCACAAUUAAUGGAAAUCUAAAAAAACUAUUGAUAAAUGAUUGUGUAUAUGUCAAGUGCUGGUCUUAUUUUAGAUGCAUUAGCCAUGCAUGGUAUGGUGUGUCUUUUGCUAUGAAAUACUGUAAAGUCAUUUUCUUGCCCUAAGUUAGUCUUAUCAAGAAAGAGGAAAAGCAAUACCCCCUCCAGUAUACCCCCUCCAGUUCUGCAUGUGAUAUGGAUGUGGCUGUUAAAGACAGUGUGGUUUAGCAUGAGUCAUGACCAUCACACAACCAUUCAAUAAUUUACUGUUUAUUUGUGGUGAUAACAGACAGGGAACUUGUUUGUAUAUUUAAAGUCAACCAUAAGCUUAUUUCACUCACAGGAUAUCCGUUGUCAGAUUUUAAGGAACAAACUCCUACUGUAACCUUUUUCAAGGACAAGGUGACUUCUGAUAAAAGCAACUUCUCUGAAAACAUGUCUGGCCAAUUCUCUUAUCGAGUCUAUGUCUCCUAGAGAUGCUUUCUUACACAAGAUUUGUAUCUUAAAACUGUCUUUCCAUGUGAUAUCAUCCCACACAGAGCUACCACGUCAGAAGCUGCUUGUUUUCCCCUGUGGAGUUGAGGUGGAGGUCCGCUUCUCAGCCUUGUUCUCCAACGUCAUGGUUGCCUUCGGCACAGUGAAAACCACUGGCCCCAGAGCCCAGGACUGCACUGUUACUCUGAGGAGCACACCUGUGAGUCACCGCUUCACGUUUACUUGUUGAUACCUGCCACAUUACGUAGAGGGCAGGGUGUGGUGAACAAACAGCCCUUAAUAAGCAUUUUGAUUUAGUUGCGUAACUUUCCAUGACACUGCAGAUAUAUAUUUGAUUGAAAGGACUUUAUAACUCCUUGUGAGACCCUAGAAAUGUAUGCGUAUUUGUAUCCAUCUGUAGGAAACCCUCACAACAAAACUGAAAGAGGUUAAGAAAAUAUGUUUAGGAGAAUGUUCUAAGAGUGGGUUCUGUGCAUGGUGUCUGAUCUAUUUCCGUUUGUGGUCACAGCUCUCAAGGCUAAAACUGUUGUAUAGAUAUUUAUCUGAACCUGACACGGCAUUACUCUUUGUAAUUUUGAACGUUUACUGCUCAUAAAACAACGUUAUAUAUGUAGAGAACAUGCAGGUACAAAGGUUGUCAAGAGUACAGAAUCAUCCCCUCUUUCCUCUGUAGACUCAAGGGAAUAUCUUAUGCACAGCACACUUAUUGGUAUUGUUCUGCCAUAUGCUGCGUAUGCCCUCUCGGCUUUCACAACAGCAGUAACACCUAAAAGGCUAUCAGUCAUUGAAUGAUGUUUCCCAUUUACAGAGUUCCUAGCUGUAAUAAAUGGCCAAAGUGAGAAACAAGAGCAGGAAUUUGGGGCACAAUUGCUUAUCAAGCGUCUGCUUCUGUGGCGUAAUAACUCCUUGGAGCAUACUGACACCUAGUGGUUCAAUGCAUUAUGUUCUCCCUACACAGUCUCCAGUAGAUACAAACCCAAUAUACCAUGUAUAAUGUGUAUAAUAAGAAGAAGUGGGUAUGACAGGUUUUGUUGUAGUUGCCUAAUGUAUUUUAUUCCCAACCUCUGUCUAGGCAAUGGAGGAUAUCUUCUCUAGUCCUGGCAGGUCAGGUGAAAUGGACUCUCUCUUACUAAACAACUUGGUUACUGAAAACCCUGACUGUAGCCUCAGACUUUGUGGCCUUCAAAAGCUCCAGGUAUGCUUACUUUCUGCAUCCUCAUAUUUAACAUUUACAGUAAGCAAUAAUAUGGUAGAAGGGUUUAGAUAUUGCAAUCUAUCAUUAUUUCAAUGAUAAACUAAAAGUGUGAAUAAACAUCUGUAUUCUGUUUGUUUUUUUCUCUGUUCCAAAGGGAUCCUUAGUGAUACAGGUGGACCUACACUACACCCAAACGGGCAGAAAACUGCGGCUGCAAGAGAGCAAACAGCUAGACAUAGGAAAGCCUUUGGUAGCAUCCUGUGAUCUGUACAGGGGACAGCAAGCAUUGGUAGCCCAGAGACAAGAAGGUGCCCCUGUCCAGAGUAUGGGCCACGUUUCACACAGAAAGCAGCCCCCACGUCAGACACUGGGCCAGCCAGGUCGCCCCUUCACCAGGAAGGCAGAGUGUGCUGCCAAAGUCCCCACUGCAAGGAGCAAUGAACCAGAGGAGAAUGAUGAGUCUGAGCCUCAAGACUUUACCCUCUGAUUUCCGCUCUCCACGUCUUUGGAAAAAGGAUAGUUUAGUAGUUGUAGUGACUAGUGUAGUCAAUAGGAUAUUUACUGUUUAGGCUUAAAGCAAUGCACAUAAUUAAAUCAGCACGAUACAUUCCAUUUCUCUGGUUAGGCUACAUUUAAUCAGUUUAAUUAUGUUUAUGAAGUGUGUGUGUGUCAGUGUGUGUAUACAUGUGUGCAUGUGAGUUUGAGGAGAUGAUGUCCUGGAUUAUGUUCCUCUCUUAAAGCACUAUUUGGUUCUUAGUUCUCAGCAUGACACUCUACCAAUAUUUAUUCUUAAAUGAUCACGGUAUGAAAAAAUCCGACUUUUCUACAUACUUGUGAAUAAUAACAAUAAUAAUAAACAUUUCAGCUCUUAUGUACCUGUAUGUAACUAUUAAAAUGAAUUAAAUACAAUUUUUAUUACUGAA